GUAGUUAAACUAGUUGGUACUUUCUGCAGCUUGUGUCUGGAAAAAGCUUUUGUUUUUUCUGAAUUGCUGGCAUGCUGUUUAUUUUGAUGCUAAAAAUCAGAAUUUCUCAGUUUUUUGAGCUGUUUUCUGGCUAAGAAUGCAGGCAAGAGCAAAUACUAGAAGUGUUAAAAAAGAGCUUGUUAUUGAGUCUCCCCAACAAUACAGGGAUGCAGCUCCAUGUGAAGUAGAAGUGGAAAGUCCAGUAGAAGUGCUGGCAAAACCAAAGCUAAUUGAGCCAAUAGACUACGAAAAUGUCAUUGUUCAGAAGAAAACACAAAUUUUAAAUGAUGCGUUACGUGAGAUGCUACUUUUCCCUUAUGAUGACUUUCAGACAGCAUUAUUGAAACGUCAGGGUCGAUAUAUAUGCUCUACUGUUCCUGAAAAUGCAGAAAAGGAAGCUCAAAGCUUGUUUGUAACUGAGUGCAUCAAAACCUACAACUCAGACUGGCAUGUUGUCAAUUAUAAAUAUGAAGACUACUCAGGAGAGUUUCGACAGCUUCCAAACAAAGGGACCAAAUCAGAGAAACUUCCAGUUCAUGUAUAUGAAGUUGAUGAAGAAGCAGAUAAAGAUGAGGAUGCAGCAUCUCUAGGAUCUCAGAAGGGUGGGAUAACUAAACAAGGAUGGCUGUACAAAGGCAAUAUGAAUAGUGCAAUCAGUGUAACUAUGAGGUCGUUUAAGAGAAGAUUUUUCCACUUAAUCCAACUUGGUGAUGGAUCAUAUAAUCUCAACUUCUACAAAGAUGAGAAAAUAUCUAAAGAGCCAAAAGGAUCGAUAUUUUUGGAUUCUUGUAUGGGGGUGGUUCAGAACAACAAAGUGAAACGUUUUGCUUUUGAACUCAAGAUGCAAGACAAGAGUAGUUAUCUUCUAGCUGCAGACUGUGAACUGGAAAUGGAGGAAUGGAUAACUACUUUAAACAAAAUUCUCCAACUAAACUUUGAAGCUGCAAUGCAAGAAAAAAGAAAUGGAGAAUCUCAUGAAGAUGAUGAACAAAGCAAAAUGGAAAGCUCAUUAUCCAGUUUAGAUAGCUACUUUCCUGAAAUUUCCAAGAGUUCCAGAGAUGCAGAAAUGAAAUUCAAAAGUGAAAGCAGAGUUAAACUUUUUGUCUUGGAUCCAGAUGCACAGAAACUUGACUUUUCGGGUAUUGAACCAGAAGUGAAGCCAUUUGAAGAGAAAUUUGGGAAAAAGAUUCUAGUGAAGUGUAAUGACUUAUCUUUCAAUCUGCAAAGCUGUGUCGCUGAAAAUGAAGAAGGACCAACAACAAAUGUAGAACCUUUUUUUGUCACAUUGUCAUUGUUUGAUAUUAAAAACAAUCGGAAGAUUUCAGCAGAUUUCCAUGUCGACUUGAACCAUGUCUCGGUGAGGCACAUGAUAUCUAAUGCGACACAGCAACUGAUGAAUGCCAGUGGUGAUAACUUACACAGGGCUCAAGAUAUUAUCCAUGAGUCUAUCUUGCAAUAUCCUAAACAGGUAAUAUUCUCAGUUACAUGUCCACAUCCUGAUAUAUUUCUUGUGGCAAGAAUCGAAAAAGUACUACAGGGAAGUGUUACACAUUGUGCUGAGCCAUAUAUGAAAAGUUCAGAUUCUUCUAAGGUUGCACAGAAAGUGUUGAAGAAUGCUAAGCAGGCAUGUCAGAGACUAGGACAAUAUAGAAUGCCAUUUGCCUGGGCAGCUAGGACAUUGUUUAAAGAUGCAUCAGGAACCCUGGACAAAAAUGCAAGAUUUUCUGCUCUCUACAGACAAGACAGUAAUAAACUCUCAAAUGAAGACAUGCUUAAGUUGCUAGCAGAUUUCAGGAAACCUGAAAAGAUGGCCAAGCUGCCAGUUAUUUUAGGAAAUCUAGACAUAACAAUUGAUGAUGUCUCUCCAGAUUUUUCUAAUUAUGUUAACUCAUCAUACAUUCCCAUGAAACAGUUUGAAAACAGUCCCAAGACAGUAGUAACGUUCGAAGUGGAGGAAUUUGUUCCCUGUAUUCCAAAACAUUCUCAGCCUUUCACCAUCUACAACAAUCACCUUUAUGUUUAUCCAAAGCACCUGAAAUAUGACAGUCAAAAGUCAUUUGCAAAGGCUAGAAAUAUUGCAGUAUGCAUUGAGUUCAAAGAUUCGGAUGAGGAAGAUUCUCUGCCUUUAAAGUGUAUCUAUGGUAGACCAGGUGGACCAGUGUUUACAAGAAAUGCAUUUGCCAAUGUUUUACAUCACCACCAAAAUCCAGAGUUUUAUGAUGAGAUUAAAAUAGAAUUGCCCACACAGCUACAUGGAAAACAUCAUUUGUUUUUCACAUUCUACCAUGUCAGCUGUGAUAAUUCAAGCAAAGGCAGUACCAAGAGGAAAGAUGUCAUUGAAACACAAGUUGGCUAUUCUUGGCUUCCAUUAUUAAAAGAUGGGAGAGUAGUGACAAAUGAGCAGCACAUUCCUGUAUCAGCUAAUCUUCCAUCAGGCUAUCUUAGCUAUCAGGAACUUGGGAUUGGCAAGCAUUCUGGUCCUGAAAUUAAGUGGGUAGAUGGAGGCAAACCAUUGUUAAAAAUUUCUACGCAUCUAGUUUCUACUGUCUACACACAGGACCAGCACUUACACAACUUUUUUGAGUACUGUCAGAAAACGGAGUCUGGAGCCCAGGCCUUAGGAACUGAUCUCGUAAAGUAUCUUAAGAGUCUUCAUGCUAUGGAGGGCCAUGUGAUGAUAGCUUUCCUGCCUACAAUUCUAAACCAAUUGUUUAGAGUUCUCACUAGAACUACUCAAGAGGAAGUUACAGUCAAUGUGACAAGGGUUAUUAUACAUAUUGUUGCACAGUGCCACGAAGAAGGAUUGGAUAGCUAUUUGAGGUCAUAUGUCAAGUAUGCUUAUAAAGCUGAGCCUUAUAUUGCUUCUGAAUACAAGACUGUACAUGAAGAACUGACCAAAUCCAUGACAACAAUUCUUAAACCAUCUGCUGACUUUCUUACAAGCAACAAGCUACUUAAGUAUUCAUGGUUUUUCUUUGAAGUUCUGAUAAAAUCAAUGGCUCAGCAUUUGAUAGAAAACGCUAAAAUAAAGUUGUUACGAAACCAGAGAUUUCCUGCUUCUUUUCACCAUGCGGUAGAAACAUUUGUUAAUAUGCUAAUGCCACACAUCACUCAGAAGUACAGAGACAAUCCAGAGGCUUCAAAAAAUGCAAAUCAUAGUCUUGCUGUCUUUAUAAAGAGAUGUUUCACCUUUAUGGAUAGGGGUUUUGUGUUCAAGCAAAUCAAUAACUACAUCAGCUGCUUUGCUCCAGGGGAUCCAAAGACCCUUUUUGAAUUCAAAUUUGAAUUUCUUCGGGUGGUGUGUAACCAUGAACACUACAUCCCUUUGAAUCUACCUAUGCCAUUUGGAAAAGGCAGAAUUCAGAGAUAUCAAGACCUCCAGCUCGACUAUUCGUUAACAGAUGAGUUUUGCAAGAAUCACUUCUUAGUGGGACUGCUCCUACGGGAGGUGGGAAAUGCAUUACAAGAAUUCAGAGACAUCCGGCAGAUUGCAAUUAGUGUGCUCAAGAAUUUGAUGAUAAAGCAUUCUUUUGAUGACAGAUAUGCUUCCAGGAGCCAUCAAGCAAGAAUAGCCACUUUGUAUCUGCCAGUGUUUGGACUGCUGCUAGAAAAUGUCCAACGAAUCAACGUCAAGGACGUGUCACCUUUUCCUGUUAAUCCUUCCAGCAGCAGUGCAAAAGAUGAACCACUUAGUAUGCCAUCUGUAAAUCCUUUAGUAACAUCACAAAAAUCAGGAAACACUUUGGAUAACAGCCUCCACAAAGAUCUGUUUGGUGUUAUCUCUGGCAUUGCUUCCCCAUAUACCUCAUCAACUCCAAAUGUUAAUUGUGUAAGACAUGCUGACUCAAGAGGCUCCCUUAUAAGUACAGAUUCAGGAAGCAGCUUCCCAGAAAGACAUAGUGACAAGAACAAUUCUCUUGACAAGAACCAGCACUGUGGCACUUUAGGAAGUUCUGUAGUUCGAAGUGGCAAAUUCGACCAAACAGAAAUCAAAAGUCUGCUCAUGUGUUUCCUUCAUAUUUUAAAAAGCAUGUCUGAUGAUGCUUUGUUUACAUAUUGGAACAAGGCUUCAACAUCUGAACUUAUGGAUUUUUUCACAAUCACAGAAGUGUGCUUGCAUCAGUUCCAGUACAUGGGAAAACGAUACAUAGCCAGGAACCAGGAGGGGUUGGGACCCAUAGUUCAUGAUCGAAAAUCUCAGACAUUGCCUGUUUCCCGUAACAGAACAGGAAUGAUGCAUGCCAGAUUGCAGCAACUGAGCAGCCUGGAUAACUCUCUCACUUUUAACCACAGCUAUGGCCAUUCAGAUGCAGAUGUUCUUCACCAGUCCUUACUUGAAGCAAACAUUGCCACUGAAGUUUGCCUUACCACUCUGGAUACUUUAUCUUUAUUCACAAUGGCAUUUAAGAACCAACUACUGACAGAUCAUGGACAUAAUCCACUGAUGAAAAAAGUUUUUGAUGUGUACCUCUGCUUCCUUCAAAAAAAUCAGUCUGAAACAGCAUUGAAAACCGUCUUCAUUGCUUUAAGGGCACUAAUUUUUAAGUUUCCUUCUGCAUUUUAUGAAGGAAGAGCUGACAUGUGUGCUGCAUUGUGUUAUGAAAUUUUGAAAUGCUGUAAUUCCAAACUGAGCUCAAUACGUACUGAAGCAUCACAACUGCUGUAUUUCUUAAUGAGAAAUAACUUUGAUUACACAGGGAAGAAGUCUUUUGUAAGGACACAUCUGCAAGUUAUUAUUUCAGUAAGUCAGUUGAUCGCUGAUGUCGUUGGAAUUGGAGGAACAAGAUUUCAGCAAUCUCUUUCCAUCAUUAACAACUGUGCCAACAGUGACAGACUUAUUAAGCAUACUACAUUCUCUUCUGACGUAAAGGAUUUGACAAAGCGGAUUCGGACAGUCUUAAUGGCUACAGCUCAAAUGAAGGAGCACGAGAAUGAUCCAGAAAUGCUUGUGGAUCUCCAGUACAGUUUGGCAAAGUCUUAUGCCAGCACGCCUGAACUCAGGAAGACGUGGCUAGACAGCAUGGCAAGAAUUCAUGUUAAAAAUGGGGAUCUUUCAGAGGCAGCAAUGUGCUAUGUCCAUGUAGCAGCACUGGUGGCAGAAUAUCUGACACGCAAAGGAAUGUUUAAGCAAGGCUGUACUACUUUCAGAAUAAUCACGCCAAAUAUAGAUGAAGAGGCUUCAAUGAUGGAGGAUGUUGGGAUGCAAGAUGUUCACUUCAAUGAAGAUGUGCUAAUGGAAUUGUUAGAGCAAUGUGCAGAUGGACUCUGGAAGGCUGAACGAUAUGAACUGAUUGCUGACAUCUACAAACUUAUCAUUCCCAUUUAUGAAAAACGGAGGGAUUUUGAGAGACUAGCUCAUCUAUAUGACACACUUCAUCGGGCAUACAGCAAAGUAACAGAAGUUAUGCAUACAGGCAAGAGACUACUUGGCACUUAUUUCAGAGUAGCAUUCUUUGGACAGCAAUACCAGUUUACAGACAGUGAAAGAGAUGUGGAGGGAUUCUUUGAGGAUGAAGAUGGAAAGGAGUAUAUAUAUAAAGAGCCUAAACUCACAUCUCUUUCAGAGAUUUCCCAGAGACUACAUAAGCUCUACUCUGACAAAUUUGGAUCAGAAAACGUCAGAAUGAUCCAGGAUUCUGGCAAAGUGAAUCCCAAGGAUUUGGACUCAAAAUAUGCAUAUAUACAAGUUACACAUGUAGUCCCAUAUUUUGAAGAAAAGGAAUUGCAAGAGAGAAAAACAGAGUUUGAAAGAACUCACAAUAUUCGUCGUUUUAUGUUUGAAAUGCCCUUUACUCAAUCUGGUAAAAGACGAGGAGGAGUGGAAGAACAGUGUAAACGACGAACUAUUUUGACAGCCAUACAUUGUUUCCCCUAUGUGAAAAAGCGCAUUCCUGUAAUGUAUCAGCACCAUACAGAUCUAAACCCAGUUGAAGUAGCCAUUGAUGAAAUGAGUAAGAAGGUUGCAGAGCUCAGGCAGCUUUGUUCUUCAACUGAAGUAGAUAUGAUCAAACUGCAGCUAAAGCUACAGGGAAGUGUCAGUGUUCAGGUUAAUGCUGGUCCAUUAGCAUAUGCAAGAGCUUUCUUAGAUGACACAAAUACCAAAAAGUAUCCAGACAAUAAAGUGAAAUUACUGAAGGAAGUUUUCAGACAAUUUGUUGAGGCUUGUGGUCUUGCUUUGGGUAUAAAUGAACGACUUAUAAAGGAAGAUCAGUUAGAAUAUCAAGAAGAAAUGAAGGCUAACUACAGAGAAAUGGCAAAAGAACUUUCUGAAAUAAUGCAUGAACAAAUUGUUCCUGUUGAAGAAAAGACCAGUGUUAUGUCUAAUUCACUACACAUUUUCAACGCCAUAAGUGGAACUCCAACAAGCACAGCCGUUCAUGGGAUUCCCAGUUCUUCUUCAGUUGCAUGAGUGUUUUGUAAGGAAAGUAAUUUCUCUUAGUAUAUGCAUGGAUUUGCUUUAUUAUUUGCAAACUCAGGAUGAUUUUAAAGCUAAAUAUUGGACACGUGCAAGCCAUGUAAAUUUAGCACACUAAAACACUGAGCACACUAAAUCUCGGGACAGGCGGGAAUAAACAAUAGUGGUGGUAGACUUCUAAAGUAAAUAGAAAGGUGAACAUAAAUCUUUUAAUUUUGUGGGAAAUAUUAGAAGUUUUCAUGUCUUUGCAGAGGUCUGUCUUGGGAACUUUUAUGAUAGUUAAUUUCUCUUUUUCCUUAGAAAGUAUUAUUAAAAUGAAUGGCACAUUACAAAAAGGUGGUGUAGAAUGUACGUUUGCAGAUAUAUAAUAUUCAGAUGUUUUUUUAUGUAUGGCACAUAUAGAUUGAUUCCAAGUUCAAGAACUAUUUUGGGACUAGAUAGAGACACUAAUUUAAUGGAACUGACACUAGUAGUUUUUGUACCAUUGACAAAUUGUUGUGCUCCAUUUUAUACCUUGUUGGCAUAUUGAAAGUAUGUGAGCUUAAAGCUGAUGGAAAAAUUAAGUACAACCAAAUGUCUGUAUUAAUGAACACCAGGCACCAAGUUACACUAGAAUGUAAGUGGUGGUAAACUGACUUGUACAUAUUGUUUGUUAAUACAGUCCAUAGACUCUGUACAUACAUGUGUGACAUUUCUAAACAAUUUUUAAAUAGUCAUAGCAGAUCUCAAGCCUUCUGCUUUAAAUUAAAUUGUGACAUAUUUGUGCUCAUUCCAAGUAUAUGCUAUAUACAGUUUGUUUAUUCUUGUAUAUAAAUAAGUGCAAUAUGAAGAUGUACACAGUCUUUGCUAUGUUAGGUUUAUACACUGUUUUGAAAAAAAUCAUCCCUUUUGCCAAAGCAAUGGAAUACAAAAUAGGUGAUCAUAUUCUGUUAAUUGGUGGUGUAAUUUAAAGCUUUUACCAUAUUAUUGUUCUUUUAAGACACUAAUUUAGUAAUUUUAUAUUUGGGGAAAUAAAGGUUUUAAAUUUUAUUUAACUGGAAGCACUGUCCUGCUGUAAUUAAACAUUCUGUACUACAUCUGUAUUAAAAAAAAGUAGCUAAUUUCUCUACAAUGUGUUCUGGGUUCUGUUAUUUUACAGUUUAUACAUUAAGGAGCAAGAACUCAAAUUCACUCAUACAAAAUCAG